AUGACGAGCAACUUGAAGCAAGUGACCGACCAAUUGGCGCGAGUGUUCGAGGCGCUGGACGUGGGGGCGCCCACCAAUUGGGACACGAGCUGGCAGCUCGACUGCCAAUUGCAGGACCAAGCUCUGAAUAAUGCAGUGGACAUAAGUACAGUGGACAUAUACAGUGGACAUCCGCAGUCUGCAGUGCUCGAGGACUCAGGUGGAGGCCUUGUGGACGUUGAAGUUCGAGGUGCAGCGAGGAACGAGGCGGCGUCAAUCCGUCGGAUCAAGUCGUUGAUGGAGAGAGUUAUCAGUGCAAGGGUGAAGAGGGCGGACGUGACGUUGCCCCCAUCGUUUUUGCCUCUGUAUGAGGCGGAAUUUGAGACCGAGCCAUUCGCUGGGGGACACUUUUGGAGCGUGCAUCGGGGUGUGAUGGCGGAGUCUGGCGAGAGUGUGGUGGUGGAGUUCUUCUCGGUGGACGAUUUGGCCAUGGACGAGCGCGCGCAGGUUCAGGUGGAAAGGGAGUUGGGGAGGCUGUUCCAGUUGAACCACUCCAAUGUGAUGAAGGUCGCAUGUGAGCACGCCGCCGUCCGUUGUCUAUGA